AUGAGCGCGCUCUUCCUCUACGCUCCAUCCAUCGUCGUCGCUUCCACCGGACACGACUACGUGGGGCUCACGGCACCCGGAAGGCGGUUUGACGGUACCUUGAGACUACCGAGCACUACCGAAGCCGUUCUGGACGUUGGACUCGUCGAUCCCCUCCUCCCCGCGCUACCUAUGAGCGCGCUCUUUUUAUACACUAUCCCCGUCGUUGUGGCUCAGGCCCUCGCGGGCGGGAACGACUAUGUCCGGCUCUCGGAGUCCCCGGGCCUCUCGAGCUCUACCGAGGUUGUCAUGGACGCUCAUCCUAUUCAGCUUGCUGCCACCCAUUAG